AUGGUCUGGCACGAAAAAUCAUCCAAUGUCUGCGGUGAAGGGCUGCAACUGGCGUUAAUGGCAAAUCGUGAAUUCUGGUCAACAUACGAUCCGGAAGACAAAUCAACAGCCCCCACAAAACACGAGGCAGACAGUUCGCUACAGGACAUGAUCAACGCCGGGAAAUUCCCGAAAGGCUUCAAAAUCGGUCUGCGUCGUGUUGGCUGGUAUGAAGAUGAAGUGCUGGCCUGGCUGAAAGAGCGCGAGGAAGAAGCGCGCGGAACGGCUGCGUAA